AUGGGGCUGAAGAGAACACAAAGAAGAAGAGGGUUUGUCUUUAGCCAACAAUGGCUGCAAGAGUCAGAUAAGAGAAUUAGCUGUGAUUCUGAGAAAGUUAUGACUUACCUUAAACCAGCUCAGACUUUGCUUAAACCAGCACAAACUUACCUUAAACCAGCACAGACUUACCUUAAACCAGCACAGACUUACCUUAAACCAGCUCAGACUUUGCUUAAACCAGCACAAACUUACCUUAAACCAGCACAGACUUACCUUAAACCAGCUCAGACUUUGCUUAAACCAGCACAGACUUACCUUAAACCAGCUCAGACUUUGCUUAAACCAGCACAGACUUACCUUAAACCAGCUCAGACUUUGCUUAAACCAGCACAGACUUACCUUAAACCAGCUCAGACUUACCUUAAACCAGCACAGACUUACCUUAAACCAGCUCAGACUUUGGUUAAACCAGCACAGACUUACCUUAAACCAGCACAGACUUACCUUAAACCAACACAGACUUACCUUAAACCAACACAGACUUACCUUAAACCAGCUCAGACUUACCUUAAACCAACACAGACUUACCUUAAACCAGCUCAGACUUUGCUUAAACCAGCACAGACUUACCUUAAACCAGCACAGACUUACCUUAAACCAACACAGACUUAUCUUAAACCAGCACAGACUUACCUUAAACCAACACAGACUUAUCUUAAACCAACACAGACUUACCUUAAACCAACACAGACUUAUCUUAAACCAACACAGACUUACCUUAAACCAACUCAGACUUCUUGA